AUGUCUCUCCAAUUGUACGGAUUUCCAGGCUCUACCUGUACCAAUCGUGUACGCACGAUUCUUGAGGAGAAAGGCGUUGAGAUUGAGUUCAUUCCUGUCAACUUGGCCCAAGGCGAACAUAAGAGUGAAUCGUAUCUCAACGAUUUUCAACCAUUCGGGAAGGUGCCUGUUUUCCGGGAUGUCGAGACUGGCGUUCAAAUCUUUGAAAGCAGGGCCAUUGGGCAGUACAUCGCCACUAAGUACCAGGGCAAGGGAACUGUGUUGGCACCUUCCGAGACUGACUUGAAAGCAUAUGCCCUUUAUCAGCAGUCCUACUUUGACCCUCUCGUUUCUCAAAUUGCAUACGAGAAGGUCUUCAAGGCUAGAAAGGGCCAUGGACCUACUGACGAAGCCAGAGUCAAGAAUCUUUUGGAUCAGCUUGACUUGGUUCUGCAGGGAUAUGAGCGGAUUUUGUCUAAGCAGAAGUACCUCGGUGGUGAGAGUUUGACUCUGGCAGAUUUGUACCACCUUCCUUACGGAGCCUUUAUUGAGCAGUUUGGAUUUGCAGAGCUGGUCGACAAGUAUCCCGCCUUCAAGAAAUGGUGGGAGGGUUUGAAGAGCCGUGACAGCUGGAAGAAGCUGAACCAGUAA